CCAUUCUAUGAAUAAAGAAUUUCUUCCUAACUUCUAACCUAGAUCUCCCCUCUUUUAGUUUAAAGCUAUUUUCCUUCCCUAUGCAAAGCCCCAACCUGUGGCUGAAUUGCAGAGUUUGGUGAAAGUUUCCUUUCUUUUGAAUGAGAGAAGCUCUCAUUUCCACUAACCAAAUGUUUGGUUCCUGGUGCAUGGCAUGUACAGUGCCUUUCAGUAUGAAUAUGAUUCAAAUUGAAUCUGUGACUACAGCCGAUUCACAAAGCACAAAUUAAUGUGCAUGCUGCAUCUUGCACACCGGGGGUACACUAUGUGCUGUUUUUUCACUUGUGAUCUUGGGAACCUGUCAGAAGAAAACCUGGAGUUUAAAAGCCAGCUCCUGUAUUUCAAAAAGAAAAAAAUCAACCGUGUGCUGGCGGGCCCUAGUGUAAACAAAGCUACCCACGUGGUUCCCAUACAGAAAGUGAUAGUGGCUCAGCGUGCUGCUUGUGUCCCAUGCUGUGCAGACUGCUGGGCAGGAGCUCUUCUUUUUAAGGUGCUUUGAGGGAUGCAGGAGGUCUUGGUGCUUCCGUGGGCACUGGUAUGGAGCCAGUGAUGAAAUGGAAAGUGCUCAGAUAAGCUGCUUUGCCCCCAGCUCCUUCUCCUGGCGCCAGGCUGCCUACGUGGAUUCCUACUGCUGGGCAGCGGUGCAGCAAAAGCAGCCAGCCUACAACAACCUGGAGAACAUUCCCCUCUGGCUCCAUAAAUUCUUCCCGUACAUCCUUCUGCUCGUGGCCAUCCUGCUGUACCUACCUUGUCUGUUCUGGCGCUUCACAGCAGCGCCUCACCUCUCUUCAGACCUGAAAUUUAUCAUGGAAGAACUUGACAAAGCCUAUAACAGAGCAAUCAAAGCUGCUAAUAGCAUCCGUAGCGGAGACCCCAGGGAUCCUGCUGACUUUGUUCCGGCUGCUAAUGAAAACCUGACACAGAGCUUGUGGGAAAUCUCCGAAAGCCACUUUAAGUACCCAAUUGUGGAGCAGUACUUGAAGACAAAGAAGAAUUCCAAAUGCUUAAUAAUCAAAUACAUUUUCUGCCGUUUACUCACUCUCGUGAUUAUUUUCAUUGCGUGCCUCUAUCUGGGCUACUACAUCAGCCUCUCCUCUCUGAGCGAUGAGUUUCUCUGCACCAUCAAAACAGGAAUCUUGAAGAAUGACACAACUGUUCCAGAAGUGGUCCAGUGUAAGCUGAUUGCUGUUGGUGUCUUCAAGGUGCUCAGCUACAUUAACCUGAUAGUCUAUCUCCUAGUGAUGCCGCUGGUGGUGUACGCAAUGUUUGUUCCCUUCCGAUGGAAUUCGGGUAUUCUCAAAGUCUAUGAAAUCCUGCCGACUUUCGAUGUUCUGAAGCUGAAGUCCAAGAGUUUAGAUGACUUAAGCCUUUACCUCCUCUUUCUUGAGGAAAACGUGAGUGAACUGAAAUCAUACAAAUGCCUCAAAGUGCUGGAGAACAUUGCGGUUUCCGAGAAGUUUGAUGUCAUGCAACUUUUGAUAAACCUUGGUACAAUUAAGACAGAUACUGUUGAUGGGAAGCCAGGGACGGCUGUGCCGGGGAAGCCAGGGGAAACAACUGUAGAAGAGCUGGAAAAAGAUGCAACAGAGCUGCAAGUUUUGGCAGACAGUGAUGCAAGUGGCCACGUGAGCUCGAAAGAAGAUAAAAAGCUUCGCCAAAGACUUAUUGACUCCUCAUGCUGAUGCCUUCCAGCCACGGCAAGCAGGAGCUUGGUGCUGCUGCAAGAGGACUCUCCUCUGCCUUCACUGUACUGAACACAAGGUGCUGCUCUGCUCUUCAAGUGCAACUGUCCCGAGAGCCUGACAGCUCCUCAGAGGACAGAUCAGUUUACAGAUUGCUUGUUGAAUAACAGGCAUCAGUCACAUACAUUAUUUCUUAAAAAAAAAAAAAAAAACAAGAAAAAAAAAAACACAAACAAGAACCAAGAAGAAUGGAAAAAAAAAUCCCUAUUGUGUGUAACAAGUGAAACGCACUCAAUGCACAUGAAGCCAGCAUCAGGAAAGAGCACUAUUCUGUGCAGGGGUGGGAAACAUAGCCCUGCAUAUAUUGAAAGGAGAUGGCCACGCUGUGUUCUGACAUGUUGCUCCGUUGGGUUUGGCCAUCUCAUUGAGGCAUGUGGGGGCUUUCUGCCCUAUUGAGGGGUUGGUUUGUUGAAUCUGGUUAAUGUGUGUACCAGGUGGUGGCUGGCCACUGGGCUUGGCUGUUUCUUCCCUGGAAAAAUAGGGGUUGCUGUGUUCAGCCCAAGAUGUCUUGAGUCAUCUCAACAGUGAAGUGUGGGAUUACUCACUUGGCAUUGACAGAAAAAGAAUCUGCAAUUGUAGUGUAAGGGGGUACUGCAGAUUUUAGGGAUUUUGAUUUUUCUAUGUAUUCAUAAAAUAAUGUCUUAACAGUUUUUAUACAAACUGUAAUGAUACAUAAGCUAAAUGCUGGGCUCUUUUCUGUUGUCAGUUGUUUUGGCCUUAGGGACUAACCUAUCCUUCAGGGAGUUUGGACUGAAGAUCAGAGAAGCUGGCUCCAUUUUGUAAUGAUCUGUAGAAAUCCUUUUUUAGCUUUGUAUGUUUGGGACGUGUUUCAAUGUGUUUGUGGUAUCAGAUGCAAUAUUAUCUGUGUUGUUUUCCAAAACCCACCUGGGAAGAUGCUCUUAUUGUACUGGAGUGGCACCUGAGUGCCUCAGCAGAGCUAAGCACCCCAUGGCCAACGUGACAGAGAUGUGAAUACAAAGAAAGGUUGUUCUCCCCUCAUGUCCUGUGACUGAAUUUGUAUUAAAGAUAAGAAGCUGAAGUGGUCUGGGCAAAAGAAAGCGGAGUGUUUGUAAAUUGGAAGAGUGUCCCAACUUGUUAUUGUAUGGUUUGGAGAACGUAGCAUUCAGCUUUCAUGUCAUCCUGCUCUACCCAAGUCCUCUACUUUCGGUUAACAUAAAUAUGAACUUUGUCUUGAAUUUUGCACAUGGGAUUAGGUGGGUGGGGCAUAAUGGUCAUGGCGACAAUGUCUUUCUUUCAGAGAUGCUAUAUGCACACAUUGUCUGUGUUAUUGUAAUUGAAGUCUCUUGUCUGUCACCUCUUCCAGGUUGUCCUUUUAAAGCCUGUUAUGGCUAGGUAAGCCUCCCAUUUUCCAGUUCAUGUCUUUUGUUCUUGCCUGAUCGCAUUCUCCAUGCUGAGAAUGAGGAAUAAAAGAAGAAUCAGUGUUACAGCCUUUGCACACUCAACUGUUUGUGUGUUGCAGCAGAUUUCAAAGAGAUAAUGCACCUGCUUGAAUAGGAUGCUAUUGCUAGACAAGUGGAUCCCAAGUGCUGCUGUAAGACGCAUUGUGCUGGUUUUACAAAAACACAUUGGUUAUUGUACGAUUUCCAGCUAAGAGGAACCUUAUUUGAAAGAAAGUCUUGAAGUCAUAAUACUGUGCUACCUCCGUAGCACAGCUGCAAUCCUAAUGUGUGUAGCAUUACUGGCAAGAAACAGGGUGUAUGUUGGGUAUGGUCUGAGCUGCUGCAUACUUCUCCCAGCAAACCCACAACCACUCUGACCUUUUCUAGACUGUCUGGGGCUGUGCUGCUGCCUGUUAUGUGUGGGUAAUGCAGAUGCACCACUCUACAGCAGUGUGGUGUGUUGCUUGGAUGCAUAACCUGACAUGGAUUGGCACAACCAGGUCCCACCACAUAAAUAAUAUUCUUAAGGGCUAUCUCAUGGCCAGCUUCCAUAAGGCUCCCUGGCAUGUCUGAACUCUGCCAAGACUGCGUUUCAGAGGGAGAAGCAUGCAAAUACUCUUGAAGGACUAAGACGAGUUCAUAGCGUGGCCACGAGCAGCUGAUCCCAGUGCAGAUGCUCCUGUGCUGCUGUCAUUCAGAUAAACUUCUUUGGUUGUCUACCCCUUGUGCUUUGCAUGUUUUCAGAGGAGCAGUAGUGCAAUACUAAGGUUUAGUGAUGUGGGUGUGUUUGAACUGUUUGGUAUAAGUAAUGAGCUCUUAGUCUUUAAAACAUGAAGCUCCUGAAGGUAAUACAUUCAUGUUUCAUGUUGGUAAAUGGUACCUUUUACUAAUCCUCCUUUUUGUGUUUAAUAAUAUGACUUGCUGCAGUGAGUCUCUUGUUGUCUUCCAAGGUUUUCAAUAAAGCAUGUAUCCAUUUUUGGUUAUUUAAAUAAAAUUAAUUUUGUGGACUACA